AAAACCGCUGGCUCAUCUUGUCAACGUCUCCAAACUUUCAAGGGAAAUCAGCUGACCAGUAGUUUAUAUCUCAAUCUUUGAAAAAAAAAAUCCCGUAAAUGUUUGCAGGCAAAGAAAUCAUAUAUUUUACACACAAUGUUUAAAAAAUUUCAACACAAAGAAGAUGUAUCAGGUGUGACUCAGUUGAAGUCAUCUGUUCAAAGAGGAAUACGAGCUAAGAUACUGGAGCAGUACCCAGCUAUAGCAGAUUAUAUCAACCACAUAAUGCCAAAGAAGGAUGCAUUAGUGGUUGUAAAAUGUAAAGAGCACAUUGAAAUCUUAUCUGUCAAUCAAGACCUGCUAUUCUUCAGACAGCGUGAUGGUCCGUACCUCCCAAGUCUUAGACUACUUCAUCAGUGUAAGAUAAUGUAUCCUUUUAUGAUGACAAGACAGCAAGUUGACAGAGGAGCCAUUCGCUUUAUUCUUAGUGGAGCUAACAUUAUGUGCCCUGGUCUCACAUCCCCUGGUGCUAAAAUGGUACCUGCUGAACAAGACAAGCCUGUUGCAAUCAUGGCAGAGGGAAAAGAGCAUGCUUUGGCUAUAGGCGUUAUGAAGAUGUCUUCUGAAGACAUACAAUCAAAAAAUAAAGGGAUUGGUGUGGACAAUAUUCACUACCUGAACGAUGGCCUGUGGCAGAUGAAACAGUUAGAAAGAUAAGCGAUAUAUUAGAAAUGCUCUUAUGAAGUCCCCAAUAUUGGUCCUUACCUAUUGAGAACUUCAAGACUCUAAAUGCUUCCCUGCCUGAAAAGUUAACUGUUAUUUUAUUUCCAAUAAUAUCCUAAAUUCUAAGAAGUAAAAUAAAAUAAAAUCAAACUGGACAGA